UAGAGCACUUAGUUUCCCUUGCCAAGCACCGCCACCCGCCAAGUAUUCUCAGUCAGUCAAUCUGGUCGGCUGUAGACCUUGCAAAUAAGAAUGGCGAGUGGAGAUUUUGACUCACUGGAUUUCAUUGCUUUCCGGGCAGAUGCUAGCAGAAAUAAGGUAGAUUCGUCAACAGAUUCUCUGGUUUUAUUCUGCAAAUCUUUUCCGAAUGAGGCUCGCGCCGGUGCGCUGUGAUGCGCAAAUUCUCUAGAGGGCGCUUAACGUAACUCUUCAGUAAGUAAAUCCUUUUAAUGCCGUAAAGCAGUUGCAGAAUUUCAGACAUAUUUUUCUAAGAAAGUAACGCCGGACAUUGUAAGAACUCUGUCGUCUUUUGCAAUCGCAGCCUGGGGACAGUGAGAGUGAAAGUGACACACCUUCGGAAUCAUAACAACAUGUACAGCUGUGUUCACCAGAAACCAAAUUUUAAGCUUCUUCUCUUCAAGUUGGAUCGCCUAUCAACUAUGUUUACUAUUUGAUCUUGACAGAGAGAGGACGUUUUUUAAAAUCUUGUUUUACAAAAGAGCGAAAUCUUUACUUUUACAACCUCUUUGACGCUUUGAAUUUUUUGUUACUCAUCGAUCACUUUGCAGGGGUGUGACUUAACCUCUAGCAAAUCUGUCUUACAGUUCACAGGUAGAUUUAUUCAUUACACAUCUCUUUGGUCGUUCAAUCGAUUGUCAGUGUCACUGUCAGCAGCUAUUAAUUCCUUGGAUGCUUAUAAACCUUUGCUAGAGAACAUUGCUAGUUCUCCUUUUUUCGUCCCAAGCUAGCGGAAUCGCUUGAAAGGAAUGCUAGCAUGUAUAAACGGAAUGCAAAUGCCAUUUUGACUGGUGUGCGUUUGCAAUUGUUGAAGUGUCGUUUGUUUUGGUGGCAAGUGGUGUCAGUAAAUCAAAUAACUCGCCGUGAAACUUCUGUACACACAGUCGCGAAGGAAUAUUUAUCCAAAUUUUAGCCUAAACAUUCACUUCCUUGUCCAAAUCAGUGUGAAACUAUAACAGAUUAAAUUUGGUUGUUCAACUUUUGUUUGCAUUUAAAUUUCCUUAGUAAAUAUAAAUUAAGUGCAACUAAGUUGAUAGUCAUAAAAAUAAUGAUAAUCCCGAAUAGUCAAGGAACCAUGGCUUGGUGAUUUUGUAUCAGCUAGAAGAAAUAAUUCGUGGCAGAGUUAAAUGUUUAUGAUUCCAGAUAAAUGAUUGACUUGCAAAAAAGUUAUUGCUUUUAUUACAAGAUGUAAUGAUUCUAUUUUCUUUUAUCAGAAUGCCAGAUUUGGUUCCUAGUAUAAUUUUUAUUCGCAUGACUUAGUUGACCUAAUUACAUAUGUAGGCAUUGAGAAUCAAUGAGGCUUUAAACUAAACAUGGUAUCAAUUUCACCGUGAUUUCAAAGCUACAUUGCUAAAUAAUCGCUGUUGGGUUUCUAUGUGCUUGAAAACCCUGUCACAUUGAUUUAGUAUUAUAAUAAGCUGGAUUGUACACAGUUGGAGCUUACAAAACCAGAAAAGCACUUGUGAAAUAACAAAGAAAGCCCAUGGCAUGGUUCAUUGCAUUCUCACCAACAGUUAACCUCUUGCAGACGAUGUUGUACAUGUAGCAGGUUACAAUUAUAAGUCCAUUAGUUCCCAUAGGUCUGGAGGGAAUGAACGCAGGAGUGUACGUGGGUGGGGCAAGGAUAGCUGCUGAGUUUGGAUUAAAUGGUGCUGUCAAUUUCAACGAUGGGAGUUUUUCUGUUUAAAACCGAAAACUGCGUUGAAUACCAAAUCUGAAAAACCUCUUUGUUGUUGGUUGGAAACCUAAAAACUAGUUCUUAUAAAAGGACAAUCACACACCCCAAAAGAUAGGAAAAAAGCUCAUCCUCAAAAUGGCUAAAUUUGCAAAACCUGAACACCCAAUGUCCCCCUCCAUAAUUUUUCAUGCUUAGCAGCAGUAAUGUUUGUCACUACAGAGAGAUUUUGGAAAUUGUGGUUAGUAGCAGAAUCUGAAAAACACUCAGGGUGACCUCCCCCUGUCUUCUUUUCUUUGAUCAAAACAGGACCCAUUUAAAGCAAGUGAAAUAGAAGGGACCCAGUGUUUGGAUUGCAAAGAAAAAUGCAGAGGGCUUUCUGCGCAUCCUUGGAGGUUAGUCUGAAAUUAAGUUCUGUACAAUUUUUGGAGUGUUGGUCAAAUAUUAAACAAAGACAGUGUACAUGUCAAUUCAGCUGUUUCAAUUAUAUCCGGAACAUAUGUGUGUUGAUUGCUGUAAGUAGUUGGAAUGUCUUAUUUGGUUUCCCCUUGGGGCAGUUGCUGAGGAUUGAGGGCUGGGGAUUUUCCAUGGCUACUAUUAGCAUGACCUCCAGCUACUUAAAUUAUUAUAGGAAAUAAAAGUAAAAUUAUGGAAGCAGAAAAAUUCAUAGUUGUUCCAUUUGCCACCUAAUAAUAUUAUUGCACAUACAGUGUAACCUUGAUAUAAUGAGCUUCCAUAUAACGAAGUCCUCAGUAUAAUGAACGAUUUCUUUACCCCAGUAAUAGUAAAAUAUAUGAAAAAGAACCUCAAUACAAAAAAAACUUGGUAUAGUGAACAAAUUUUGCCAGCCCCUUGGGCCUUCACUAUAUUGAGGUUCUGCUGUACCCAGCAAUUUGAAAUUUUAGCAACAGGUCUACUUCUCUCAUCUCAUCAUAAUUUCAAAGUUUUAGGUUUGAGUUAAUUCUAUUUUCUCCAUUUGCUGGCAGGUUUCUUCUUUUAUGUGCAUUAACUGACCAGCUGUCUAUUUCAGGAACUGUUCAUUGCUUACAUCAAUGUGUUUUAAUUUCUAGGAAGUAUUGCAUUUUCUGCAAGUGCCCAGUUGAAUGUCAUGACAUACCACAAAAUAGCAGUUACCAAAAUUUGCCAGAAGACCGCAUGUGUGUUGAAGAGAAGCCACCAAGAUCUUCAUUAGCCAAAGUGAAGGGUGCACAUUCUGAGGGUUAUGAGUGGGUACCAGCUGGUCUGUCAAGUGGUCAGGUAUGUGCUGUCAAUAGAAUACAAUGAAACCUGUAUUAAUUUGACACCCUCGGGGAAUGCUGUAGUGUCCACUUAAUACAGGGUGUCCGCCUAAUACAGGUUUCGAUAGAUAACAUCAUAUGAGAUGUCAAAUGCCAUUCAAAUGAACAGUGGAAACGUUAAGAAUACUCCCAGAGACUUUGACGAUAUACGUUUGCAUUAAUUUCUUUAUCAAAGUGGACCAAUUGAUCAUAGUACCAUAAACAUAGAUUGCAACUCAAAUUUGAAGAAAUGAGAUGAGUGAAACAAGCUCUAUACAAACAAAACGAAAUAGAAAACAAUACUGUACUGUGAAACUAGUGAAAUAAGUUCGUCAAGUCGCGUUUUUUAAUGUAAAAAUCGAAGAAGUUGUGGGUGGCAAUUCAAGGUAAUCUUUCGCAUUUCCGAUGUCUGGCAUGUUGGGUGGUGGAAUUUGAUUACAAGUAUCCAUUUAAUACAGGUUUUGUAACAAUAGAAAUGACCAUUUCAGGUACUUUUUAGGUGUCCGUGUCCGCUUAAUAGAGGUGUCCGCUUAAUAAAGGUUUCAUUUAAAGUAAAUACGGGAAAUAAAUUUUGGGACUUCGGCUACUGUCCGCUUAAUAGAGGGUGUCCGCUUAAUACAGUGUCUGCUUAAUACAGGUUUCACCGUACUCUCAACUCUCCCGUAACUGACACUGAUAAGAUUGGAUGUGUCCCUGAUACAGACACCUAGAGUUCUUAACUCCAUUAGCUGUUCUUCAGGGUUUUUUUAAAACUCUUCAUAAGGUGAGGACACCUUCUAAGAUAAAAUCAGCAACAAAAUUGUUGAGACAUUAUACUCAAGUAGGGUAACUUCAGGAAACAAAAGAAUCCACACCCCUCCCCUGUCCCCUCCAUUCAAUGUUGGGGUGUUUGUUGUUUUGUAUACGUAGCUUGAACAGCAGUACAACAUUGCAUGGAGGGGAUGGGGGAGGAAAAGCUAUAUUUUCCCCUUUUGAAGUCAGGAACACCUCGAAGAGUCUCAGCUCCUUUUGUCGCCGAUUGUAGUGACUUAGUCACAGCCCUAAAAGUGCCUGUCUUAAAAGACAGAUGACUGUAUAAUAUAAACAGGGCUUGAAAAAAGUCCCGACUCAGGAUGCAAAGGAAGUCAGUUUUACAGCCUGCCGUGCGAGCAAGCUGUAGCUAGCAUGUACUAGCCCACAAGUCCUGUCAACUAGUCCCAAAACCCUUUUUGAUUAGCAGAAUUGAUUACAAACCUUCUGUAAUUUGAAUUUCCCCAAAAAACACCACUUGUCCGUCGGGCAAGUUAAGAACAAAAAACACUAGCCCAAUAGCAAAAUCCACUAGCCCCGGGCUAUCGGACACAACUUUCUUUGCAUGCUGUAACUUUUUAAGUUUACUUGCCCGAUGGGCAAGGAUUGAAGCAAGUCAUCUUCUAACUAGAUCAUUAACUAAAAAAAACUAAACAAGUUGCCCCAGGCAAGCAAAAUGUGUGAGCUGCUUGUCCAAAGGGCAAGCUUUAAUUCAAGUUUUUUUUUCGAGCCCUAUUAAGGCCUUCAAUUCUGAAUAUUUUUGUGAAGGCUCUCUGAAGAGUUAUGAACUUCUCAAGAAAAGGGGUUUGCGGUAAACUGAGACUUGAAAGUGUGAUCAUUCACUUUUUCAUUUUUCCUCGCAUUGUUGCUAGCUCAUUACUUUUCUACACAUUUCUAACAAAUAUGACACUCAAGGCUUAAAAUGUUUAAAAAGGUGUGAGAAAUUGAGUGAACAGGUGUGAGUGAACAUAACAUGGAUCAAAGUUUUGUUAUUGAUCCGCAGUCAUGGAACACGAGAGUUGUUAGGUAUACACUUUUUUCAUGAUUAUUUUUUGCGUUAUUUAUUAUUUGUUUUAUUUGUUUCUUAAGAUCAAAGACUUUAUGUCCAAACUUCCCAAUGGUAAGGUUCCAAAGCUUGACUCUCAAGGUUCAAGGUACAGGGUGAAACAGCUUGUUUAUCAGAUGCCGCUGCAGGAUUUUUCAAGCAAACACUGUCGCAAAUUAACCCUGGAUCAAAAGAUGGCGAUGGAUGACAUGUGCACCAAGAGAAUUGAAAAGGCGUUGGGAGUUGGUAAGAAUGUUGUUUUCUUUACUAGCUGAUACUUACCUCCAUGCAAAAUCCAUGGUUUUUUGUUGUCACUAGAGAUCAGUCACUCAAAUCGUGCCAUUAAAUUAAUACUUUUUUGAUAUAAGCCAAUUGCUUUUCUUCACAAGCUGAUAUUGUGCAAGCUAGCCGGUCUUGUGCAAGCUUUCUGGCAUUGUAAGUCACCAGAUGUAUCUCAUUUAACAUGUUGCACACUGUAAGAAUAGUGCAAAAACCAGUGAAGUUGCCGAUUUUGGUUGAGAAUAUGAUUUUUCCCUUUCAAAAGCAAAUAGAUUAAAAUAAAUUUUGGACUACUGAAGGAAAUGUUCUGGUGAUUAAAAUCAAGAAGAAUUAUCUGGAACAAGCUGGAGAUUUGUUUACCUUGCUUGCAUUUUCCCUACUUUAUAGAGAUUUGUUAACCUGUUGUUGUUUGCAAAAACAUAUUAGAGCACUUUAUCAUAUAGCCACCAAUGAAAUACCAGGUGAGCUUUGGUGUGAAAACAUGAUCAUUGUUAAAGGUCAGAUUUGAUUUCAGGUUAAAUUUUGUUAAGCUAGGUUGAUUAUCAUUUUCCUUUGUCUCCCUGAGCCCUAAUUAGUCAUGAACUAGGGAUAGGAAACAAAGGAAAUUAAGAAUCAACCUAGGUUAAAUCAAAAUUAACCUGAAAUCAAAUUAAUUUUGACCUGUAACAGCUACAUGAUAAAUUGCGCCUUUUGCAGCAGGAAAAAAAAUUAAAGCAACAUGGUUUGGUAUUUCAUGUCUGAAAAUAAUAUAAACAUUACAUUACAUUUGGAAUAAAUAGAACAUUGCAUGUCCACUUGGAGAUGUGAAGUUUCUCUUCUUGUGUUCAAAAAUAUUUUCUUGUUGGUUGUGCUCACUCAUGAAAUCUCUUCCACACUCGCAGAGAAAUUUUGUGUCUCCAUGCAGCCAUGUAAUAUCCUCUAUGUCUGUGAACAGAACAAGCACCAGAUUAGUUUGUGUUAAACAAGUGGAGUCUUUAAUUUUAUUAUUAAUAUACACAUUUGAGAAUCAUGUAGCUUAACAAUUUUCUGUGCUUUUUAGGGGCAGUAAAAGCCAGUCUUACAAUGCCAGCAGCUUGUGAAAAAUGCAGUAUACCCAUGAACUUUGGAGAGAUGGCUAUCUUCACAUUCCGAGCUGGACCUGAAAUUUGUUGGCAUGUUCAGUGUUUUGUCUGCAGUGAAGAUAGUGAGUUGCUGGUUGAUCAUGUCUACUGCUGGGAUACAGAUAAUAAAAAGCUUUAUUGUCCAAGGCAUUGGAGUGAGUUCUUGAAGCCUCGAUGUGCUGGAUGUGAAGAGGUAUGUUUCAGUCACCGGAAGGGCUAUGCUAUAGCAGUGCAGUACACCCGAAGGGAAAAGUGGUGGUGGUGGGAGUGGUGGGGUUGCUAGAGCAAUAUUUGAGUAUAGGUGAGUCGCUGUGGGUUUGAAGCCCUGACUUUGUUUAGGACCAAAAAAUCCUAAUUUGCUUACUGUACUUAGGACAGCACCCUCAAUUUUAUUACCUUACAAGAAAAUCAGGGUCUGAAAUUACGCCUUCCUGGUAGCCAAUGUGACUAAAAAGUCAGCACUGGCAACCAGAAUUUCAUAGCUGGUCGCCAGCGGCGACCUGUAAUUUGUGGACUUUCACAUUCGGAGAAAAUGAUAAACAAUAAUUGUUUAUCAUUUAUCAUUGAAAGCUCAAAGCUAUUUGCCAACAGGUGUCUUAAUUUUUGUCCUGCUGAUACUUUUUUAAUUAAAAGUGAAACAAAUCUUCCUGUAAAAAUACCUCCACAACAGGUAUGAUCAAUACGAGUUGAACGUUUCCAAGCCGCCAUGUUGUUUUCAGCUGAAAUACGGUAAGUAUGUAACUUAAAGAUAACUUAUGUAUGUGUAAUGAUACUGUACCCAUAUUUCCACAGUUGUGGCCUGGUACGAGCAACAUGGCGGCUUGACUUGUGUUUUAAUAUGUUCCGUGUUUCAUAGUAGUUAUAGAUGUCGGAAGAAAAUUGUGUUUUGAUAUGAUCAGUGCAGUCGGGGGCAGAUAGCUUUCUGUUCCUACGUUCUGGGUCAGAUAGCUUUAUGUCUCCAAAAAGUAAUUUGUGGAAAAAAAAUAAGACUUCACUCGUACACGGACAGUCCCUUGUAGAAAUUCAGUACAUUUAAAGUAUACUUUAUAUAGGUGAUAAACACUUUAAAAAGUAUACUUCAUUUGUACUUAAAGUAUACUUUAAGUAUACUUACCAGAAGUAUACUUUAAGUACACAACUUUUCGACACCUAAAAAGUAUACUUAAAGUAUACUUAAUGAAAGUAUACUUGAAGUAUACUUGUCUUAAUGGGAAGUAUACUUCAAGUAUACUUAAAAUAUACUUAAAGUAUACUCAACGCAAUAUGUUAAUCAAUCACUGAGACACGUCAGACUUGGAUCAAUUAUUUUGUAAAAUCAUUUAUUGAUAUAACAAAAAAAACUACCCCUAACUUAAAGCAAUACAAAUGUACUAAGAAAUUAUAAAAAAAUGUAUAGCAAAUCUUGUUGAAAUAGGUUUUCACAACAUAAAAAUAUACAUUUUCUAUUCCUAUCAAAGGAAAUCACUGCAUUUGAUUACCACAAUAUAUUAUUCUUCUUGAUUUUAGUAAAAUUUUCAUUGACAAUGAGAUCAUUUCAAGGAAGGUGCUUGUAUAUUAACAGGUUUCUUUCUGAACUUUCUUUAACUCACUUGUACUUAAUAAUUAUUGCUUAGAACCAUCACACAAUAUUCUUCUUAAUUUUAGUAAAUGUUUAAUAGACAAGAAUGAUUAGAUCUGCACUCUUUGGCUACACAGUAAAUUGUGCCAUUACCUUAUUAAAGAAAUAUGUCUACCUAUUACGUACAAAAACUGGAACGAAAUGCGAUCUAAGGAAAACAAGACUUGGGUUUUAUAUUUUGAAUUUACACUGCACUUUAGGCGAAGUAAACAAGCUUUCACUUUGUAAACCUUAAGGCUUAACUCGUGUGUCAUUUGCAAAUGACUCGUAAAGAAGAAUCGAUAUAUAUUGAAACGACUGGAACCGAUACAUUUUCUACCCCAAAACUUACUUGUAUCGUCAAAAUUCAGUCACGGUGUACUUCUUUUGUUUUCUUUUCAAGUUCCACUCAUAUUGUACUCAAAUUGUGAAGAUAAAUUAAAGGCAAUAUUCCAAGCGUAUAAACAUCUUGAAGACAAUCUCGGCAAAGCUCAACGAACGUUCCUUCGAAUCUGUAUCGCCCGCCAAAACCAUAUAUGGAAGUUAGGUAUGCUGUAAAUGAUUCAUACAUGACCCUAUUAGGAAAUCCACAAGAACCCGUAUAUGUUCCGACGGUACUGGAAGUCAGCGGUAAUUCAACACCUUCAUAUAUGUAUUUCUUUCCUCGAACGUAAAGAUGUCCGACGAUGAGCGAUGGUUUUGCUUCGAGUUCUCGUUCUAUUUCUUAAGGUCCUCGUAAAAAAAGGAGGUUAAACGACCCCGGCCUUAAUUACAUCCGAUAUCUUUUACUGCCAAGUGCAAAAAUUCCACGAAAGACGUUAAAGAAAUGCCCGAAACUGUGCGACUUUGCCAUUUCGCCCAGGGAUUCGAUCGGCGGAUGAUCUUCUUACGAAGGAAGUCAACUGAACAGCUAAUGUGUGCCCUGUGUAUCUAGAAACCUGUUAUAUACUUCACCACUCUGAAGAAAUCUUUACAUGAUCUCAACUAUGUCCUUAAUAGAAGAAAAAUGAUUUGAUCUGAACAUUAUUUUGAAGUUAAAUUAUAGAUACUUAAAGCAUACUUUUAGUAUACUUUUGUCUUGUAGUGAUUUCAAGAUCCGGACAAACCUUCUUAGAUCCUCAGAUCAGAAUGUGUCUUUCAGUUUCAAAGUAUACUUAAAGUACACUUUUCUUUGCGAAACUAUUUUUCACAAGCACUGAAGUUUGAAAAAGUAUACUUAAAGUAUACUUAAGUAUUUGAAGUAUAAAUGAAGUACAUUUGCCAAAUAUACUUCAUUUAUACUUUUUUUCUGGAAGUACAAACGAGGUAUACUUCAAAUGUACUUUUUUUUUGAGAAGUACAUAUAAAGUAUACUUGAAGUAUAUUUAAAGUAUACUUAAUUUCUACAAGGGGUUGCUUUCUGGUAUCCGGUGCGGAAGUAGUGCAAUUUUUGAGCAUAAAAACGUCCAUACCAUGCAUUUUUUGUUCAUCUUUAAACUUUUAGUUGCAAAAAGGGGAGGUGAAAUUUUUGGCAACCACUGUUUGCCCUCUGGCGACCAAAAAUUUAUACUUGAUUGCCAGUUGGCGCCCGUAUUAAAAAGUUAAUUUCGGACCCUGAAAAUGUAUAGCAUCCUGGGAGGAGGAGGCAGUCCAGAGAGUAAAACGGCGAGGACUGUUGAGGAAGGCUACAUCAGCCGUAGAAGAGUAGCGCCAGCAAGAAUAUCAGUGUGCGCAUGUCUGAUGACACUCGGCGGCUACUUCAAGCAUUUUCCAUUGCAACAAUUGUCAGCAUUACUGCAGAACCCAAGCGGGUCUGACUGCCCACACAAGGACCUGUUUAAGAUAGGCCUCAACUCAAAUACAAGACAGUCAUCUUCGGCAAUGAGGGACAUUCAUUAUUAUUAUUACAUCAUCCUACUGUAAAGUCAUUUAUUGGCAAUUACAAUAUUGAACAAAUGUUAUGGUCAUUUCUUUUGUAUACAUGUAUGUGGUGUAGGAACAAGUUUCAUCAAGCACACAAAUCAAUCAUGCAGGCAAUACCCUGCAUAUAUAAUUUAUUAGGACAGACUCAAGCAAAAUGUUCUUCCCUAUUUCGGACACAGAGAACAAAAACCAUACCCUGUCCAGGGUCAUAUCCCUCCCCCUUGAAUAGACAGUGGUUCCUGGCAACUUGCUUUACGUUGGGGUGAAAAUGAAAUCUUAAUUUUUGCACACAACUUAAGUGCGGGCUGACCUAGUUUAGGAGUUUGGGGCACCCAGUAAUUUCAGCGUCAAUUAACAAUGACUUCAUAUAUCCAGUAAAUACAAACAUUAACAGUUAACUAGAAGGUAUAUGUAAGAGUUUAAAAGAGGCACUUAUUUGAUAUUUUUAUCCUCAAGGGGGUGCUUAUUUGGGGAGGGUGCAUAUUUGAAGGAGAAAUUCAAGCAUCUACUAGGGCUGUCAUUAAGAGCCCGGGGAAAGGGAUUGUCCCUCGCUACUACAUGUAUAAACAUGACCCCACCUAUUUUUGUAGGAUAUUAUAGAAGAAAAAUAUUACCAAAAGAAAUCCUUAGCUGUUUGAUUCCUUGCCUAUACUUGUUGCUUACCCGGCAGGCUGCUUGAAAUCUUUGUGACAGCCCUGAUUAACUGUGAGACCUUUUCCUUUCCUUUCUAUAGUUGAUCUAUGUUGGUGAAUAUUCACAAGCUAUGGAUCAAAACUGGCACCCAGGACACCUCUGUUGUUUCUAUUGUGAUGAGUCCCUGUCAGCACAAAAAUUUGUCACAGUUGAUAAAAACCCAGCUUGCGUCAAGUGCUAUGACAAGAAUUUUGCCAAUAAUUGUGAGAAUUGCAAGAAGCCUAUCGGUCCUGGCGCCAAAGAUGUUGACGUCCGUGGAAGACAUUGGCAUGAAGAAUGCUUUGUUUGUUCACAGCCUGAUUGUGAGAAACCAUUGGUAUGUGAACCUUCACUUUCUCCUAUAAUAUUAUUACAAAUUAUCUUAGUAGCUUAGGUUUUACAUAAUAAAUUGCCUAGGGCAUUUGCUACAAAUGCAGCACUUCAAAGGGGUGUAGAUUUGCAUUGGGCGAGGACAUGUUAUUUUGAAAAGAAGCAUUUAAUAGAAGAAUAAGAACAUAUUAAUUCUAAAUUAAAGCUAUUUUGUACAUUUGUUAGAAUUCUGAGACUCAGUGUGGAUUGUUUUGUAACAUUCCCCUCCCCCUACGAUUUUGAUUGAAAAUUUUUGGAAAAAAUGUGCGGCUUAUACGCCGGUUUUUACGGUAAUUGAAAGUACCCCUGAGUUUUAAUUAGGUUCAGUUUCAUUUUGUAAAUUACAUGACCAGCGUGCAAAGAAAGUCAUGUUGGAUAGCCCCGAGCUAGUGGAUUUUGCUAUCGGGCUAGUGAUUUUUGUUCUUAACUUGCCCGAUGGGCAAGUGCUGUUUUUUGGGGAAUUCAAAUUUCAGAAGGAAAAUUGUAAUCAAUCCUGCUAAUGAAAAAGGGUAUUGGGGCUAGUUGACAUGACUUGUGGGCUAGUACAUGCUAGCUACAGCUUGCCCAAAUGGCAGGCUGUAAAACUGACUUUCUUUGCACCCGGAUGACAUUCCUUUGCAGCUUAAUGAGGGUUUCACCUUUAAGGAUGAUAAACUCAUAUGUCACUCCUGUCGUGGAAUUACACCAUCCAAAGUGUGUGAAGCAUGUGGAGGUGAUUUUGCACCAGGAGAGAAAAAGGUUGGAUAUCAGAGCAAAACUUUCCAUGAGAAAUGCUUUACUUGUGAUGAAUGUAAACAACCUAUUGGGACACAGCAGUUUAUCAGGAGAGAUGACAAGCGCUUGUGUGGCUCCUGUUUUGAUACUGGUUAUGUUAAGGUGAGCAAAAUAGAUUUUUGAAUUAUUUCAACUUAAAUGGGUUGGUAUUGGACAAGGAAAACCUGGAAAGUCAUUGAAUUUGAGAAUUUCAUUUUCCAAGCCUGGAAAGUGAUAAUAAUUAUUUAAUGCAUGGAAAUUCUGGAAAAUUAAAGUUCUGAAGGGUAGGUUAAACACUUUUCAGUAACGUAGAUGUUUAGUAAGGACGAAAUAAAACAAAGAGUUCUUAAUAAACAACAGGAACAGCCUGCAUUUUAGCAGUCACCAGGAAUUGUGUCUGUUGAAUUGAGAUGUGUCAGGAAAUACCUGAAAACAAAGAUAGUUGGGAAAAUUUUUUGAAAGUGACCACUAAAUCGUGGAAGGUCAUUGUUUUGUAAUAGCUUAACAGAAUAACAUUAUCAUUUUAGUCAGUUAACUAUGUUGUGGACUGACUCCCUGUACAUGUGUACACUGAUCUGAGGAUCAGAUCUGAGGUGUUCCAAGGUGACUUCACAUGUAUUUUCUGUGUUUUAACCAGUUAAUCUCUGUAUGUGGAUGGAGUUUAACCAUUCACACUUCAGUUGCCCAGAGCUGCCAUCUUUCACUGGUAGUGUCAUCAGUUUAAACAGUCCUAGACAACUUUGACCCCUAACCUGUGCAGGGGGAAAAGACCUUUCAAACUUAGUAAAGUACCAUUUGAUUGUUGUACUCUUUCAGAUUUGUGUCAAGUGUAAAGAGCCCAUUAAGUCCUCCUCAGUGAAGCAUGACGGCAAUUCUUACCACUCGGAGUGCUUUGUCUGUUCCAUGUGUUCACAACCUCUUGCAGGAAAACCAUUCACCAAACAUGAAGGCAGCAAUAUCUGCCAAGAUUGUUACCGCAAUAGUUAUGCCAAGAGAUGUGCGGCUUGUCAGGAGCUCAUAGAAGGAAGUGUCAAGUUUGUAGCUUACGAUGAGAAGUUCUUUCACCGAGAUUGCUUCACUUGUUCAAAAUGUGGCCUUGUAUUGGCUGGGGAGAAGUUCCGUGUGUUGUCUGAUGAGAAAGUUUGCAUCAAUUGCAGCUCGUAAGUUGCUGUAGGGUUGGCAGCAUUAAUGUGAUUCCUUUAGUUUUAUAAAGGCUUUUUUUUAGUUGCUGUAGUCAAUAAAGAUAUAUUUACCCUUAGUAUUUUUUGUACCCAAGUACUUCUUGUGGUUAAAAAAAUGAAGAUAAGUUAUUUGUCAAGAAGUUUGGUUAAGGUCAUUUUAUAUGCUACUGAUGUUAACCCAUUAAGUCCCAGUAUCCACAUACAAAUUCUCCAAACUGAUCUUCAUACAUUUCCUUAAAGAAUUAGUUGACAGAAUUUGAUAAUAGAUCAAGGCAUUUUUUCUUUGGUGACGAUCAUUUUAUUAAUUCUCAUAAGCUAAUCUCUUGACAAUGUAUGGAUAUUGUUGGGAGAAAAUUGGUCUUGGUCACUAUUGGGACUAAAAGGGUUAAGAGCAUUAACCAAAGCAAAAUACUGCCACAUCUCUCAGUUACUGCCUAGAACGUAUUAAUAAGUGUUGCCAAAGCUAUGAGCAGACUUAGGGUAAGUAACAAUAUUAUUAUUAGUGGGGGAAUAAGUACAUUCUCCGUAGAAGCAGUACUUUAUUCCCCUAAGUUAUUAAGGACUCUUAGGGAAAAUAAAUUAUUAGUCAAGAAUAGUAGCAUGCUUUGUGGAAGCAGUACUUUAGUACCCAAGGUAAAGAUCAAGGCUGGUCCAGCUGGAGAAAUUCUUUGUUGGUGAAGUAACCUACCCAAAGAUAACUACAAGGGGAACAGGAACUCAUCUGAAAUUAAAUAAGUACUGUAUUGAAUCAAUAUAGAAAAUGUAAAUGUAUGGUGGCUCAAUUUUGUCCUUGGCUUUAUAAUGCUGAUUUUCUUUACACGUUUCAAAUUAAGCUCAUUGUCCUACAUUACCAUGUUCCAAAACAAUGGAAAAUAAUCUAUGGGAAAGAUUCUAUUCCUGCCCUAGAAACUUUUUAUAAAGAAAGUUGUUGUACUCAGAGGAAAGAAGGCUUUAAGCAAAGUGUUUUGACCGAUAGUACAAUUAUUGAACCCACGUGCGACGUAUAGUACAAAGACCCUGGUAUAACUUGGAAAUAUCUUGGUUUAAACUGUUUUUACUGUGAGUACGAAAUUACUUUAUAAAGGGAAAACAAAAAUUAAACCAAGGAUAAAAUUCAACCUCAGCAUAAUACCUGUGGGCAAAGUUGCCAAUGGGAAAGUGAUCACACACUUUUUUAAGACAGCAGUCUUAGUGCCAACUAGGUCCUUGUAGAAGGUUCCUGUUGGAAAUAUUAUUCCAUCAUCCUUUUUCAAACUGCCAUCUUCUAGUAAAAGCAACAGUGGUCUGUACCUUGAGUGGGAUUUAUAUUCUAUUUUUCACUGCCACCCACUCAACCUACAGAAGAUGAUCUAUUUCUUCUUAAACUAAAUACCCUCUCUUCAGAGAAAUAUUUAAGGUUUUAAAUUUUCAGUACAUUUUAGUAUAAGUCAGUAAUUUCAAGUAGUUCUAUUUUAAAAGAUAAUAGUUAAAAGUUCGGAUUUUUUUGUAAUAGCUGUUGUGUUGUGGUUUCUCAGUUUUAUCCUUUGUGUAAGUUUUAUCACAGUUAAUGGAGUGGAAUGGUUAUGAAGCACGUCAGACUCCUAAUGUGGACUUGAAGGUGCACAAUGUUCAAGAGCAUUUUGACCUAUCAUUUUGAUCUAAUACUGACCAAUAAAGACGUGGCAUUAAUUAUUUAUUCUGUCACAAUAGUCCAUGUUUGAUGUAUUAAAAUUCGAACAUGACUCCGAGGCUUUAGGGUUAAAAAUGCAAAUUUUUCAUGACUCCAUUGUCUUGCAAUUCCCAGAAGAGACUUGAGCACAAAGAAAAACAAAUCAAAUGAUCACAGAAAAAUGACCAGAAAGCCUUGGAGUCAUGCUAGAAUUUUAAUAUAUCAAACGUGGGCUUUUGUGAUGCAAACCAUCAGGAAGCUUCCAACAUAAACUGCAGCACUGUUUUUUUUUAUCUUUGAUGUUUUUCUGCCUUUCAUGACCAGUCUCCUCUAUUAAUUACCUAUGUUUUUUUUCCCUUUGUUUUGGUUAUGUUGAUAUGUGACAAAAAGUAUAAAACACUGUAGGAUUAUAAUAAAAUUUGAACCAAGGAUGAAAUUGAACCUCAGAAGCCAUGUCUCACGUUGUAAAGGUAGCGGUUUUUGUAUAUAAAUGUUUUAUAAGUUACACUGAUAAUUUUUUACGUGAAACGUUAUUACUUAGUAUAUAUAAAUAGCAAUUUAGGAAAUUUGACCAUGAUUAUAUCUGAAGUUCAAAAGCCAACUGAGGUUUGUGUUUUUUGCUGCUGUCAAUCAUCUAAGCAGACCUCUUAGGAAACAGAAGUUCACUUCAACGUGUUCAAAAAGUCAUGAUUUGCGAUUGGUGGAUUCGGUCUGUUUUGUUUGUCUCUGUGUUUCAAGGUUGGUUGCUUUUGAUUGUAGUAUUAUUAUGAUUGAUGGCAGUGAAAAACACAUUAGUGAAAGCGGCUUUUGAACUUAGAGUUUGCCUGUUUUUUGAAAUCUAGGAAAUUUAAUUAUGAUAAUGCUAUUGAUUAUUGUCAGGACAUCAGAAAGGUGUCUGUAGUAAUAGGUGUGGUGCAGUUUAAACCCCCAUAUGGAUUAAGGGGGUUCCAAGGGGUCUGACCCCACCUCCUCUAAAUUUAAGCGUCAAACUUAAGGAUUAUUCAAAGCACUUUACUAGAAAUAUAUGAAGAUUUUUAUGAAUAGGAUUAUAUAUAUACUGCUUGUCAUAACAGUAAAGUCUGGUUCUCAUAUGCUGCCAAUAUAUCUACGACGUAGCCACCGGUACUGCCUCGGCUACUUCUCAGACAAAUGAGAACAUGCACCGCCGGCAACUAGAGCCAUCGCAGAGCUUUACCGCUGGCAUGCCUGCGAAGUUGAACUGAAGUCAACUUAAAGACCUGGAUGACUUAUGUUGCUGGCCACUUCUGCUCUCAUAUUGCAACAGUAUCCCUGGCAGUACCGGCGGCCAUGUCGCAGGUGCAUCAGCAGCAUAUGAGAACCAGGCUUAAAGGUCUAUGCAGGACUGUCUCUAUGCAGUAGGAAACAAUGGUGUGGAACUUCAACUGUGUGCACUGGCCUGCUAAUGAAGCACCUUUCAGUCCCUCCCCAUCAAUGUGGAGGAGGGGGAGUGAGCAUUAAUGAGAGGUGACUGUAUUUGCAGGCUACUGUGUGCAUGAGUUAGACUCCCUGAACAAAACGCCCUGCUUACAGUGGCGGAUCCCCCCCUUUAAUUUUAGACCAAGCUGAGGCCUGAAGGGCCAAAGAUAAUUUUUUUAGAGACCUGCCCUCCCGCCUUAUCUCAAGGUUUGGAUCCAGCACUGGCUUAUAUGGCAAAAAUUGCCCACUGGGACUAAAUGGGCAGCCUGUAAUACUUAG